AUGAUUGCUCAAGAAGAGAUUGUUUAUGCGCUUUACGAGCAUGAACAAGAACAACUGAAAAGUGAGCCAGCGCAAAAGAACAGCCAAAGAAAAGUGGCCAGUAAAGAUAAAAAUCCAUCUGAUAACCCGCAAUCUGCUUACAAGAUACAAAUUGCCUGGAAAAGCGUUGCCCGACUGAUUGUCCUUCACGCAUUUGCCCUUUACGGACUGACUCAGCUCGGGCGUGUCAGCACGGCCACAAUUCUCUUCACCAUUGUCCUCAUGCUUUUCACCAGUAUGGGCGUGCAAGUUGGCGUUCACCGUUUAUGGUCUCACCGAUCAUUCAAAGCCAACUUUGGCGUCCGUUUGUUUCUUGCCUUUUGCCAGACUCUGUCGCUGCAAAAUGACAUUUACGAAUGGGCGCGAGAUCAUCGAGCUCAUCACAAGUUUUCAGAAACGGACGCCGAUCCGCACAACUCAAAACGAGGUUUUUUCUUCAGUCAUGUGGGCUGGCUGAUGGUGAAGAAGCACCCUGAGGUGUUCCGACGCGGCAAAACCGUCGACAUGAGUGACCUGCUGGCCGACCCGAUUGUCCGCUUUCAGCGGCGUUUCUACCUGCCGCUGGUGUUGCUCAUUUGGGGCUUUCUGCCCACUGUCAUUCCCGUCUACUUUUGGGGCGAGUCACUUUGGCGGUCUUUUCUGGUGUGCUUGGCGUUGCGCUACGCCUACUCACUCAACAGUACCUGGCUAGUAAAUAGCUGGUGCCAUAUGUACGGCAGUCGACCUUAUGAUAAGGGAAUCGCCCCCGUGGAGGCCUCUAUCAGGCACGUUAUUCUGGGAGAAGGUUUCCACAACUACCAUCACGCAUUUCCCUGGGACUACUCGGCCAGUGAGCUAGGACCGUCAGACGUUUUUAACUUGUCAACUGCAGUAAUUGACUUUUUUGCUUUGUUUGGUUGGGUUUGGGACCGAAAGAAGGUAAACUCAAAGAUGGUGGCAGCAAAGAUGGUUUCAAAAGGAGACCCAAAAGCUAAAGGGCUGUAUCAAGAGCAGAAAA